AUGCAAAGUGGGCCGCUACCGACACUGUACAGGCCGUAUCUAGCACUAGGCCUCGAGGGUAGCGCCAACAAGCUUGGAGCUGGCGUUAUUCGACACACACCACCCACAGGACAUGACGGGCAUGGUGCAGCCAUCAACCAUGCGCGCGUUGAUAUCCUGUCGAAUGUGCGCCACACGUACGUGACGCCGCCCGGCGAGGGAUUCCAGCCGAGCGAUACCGCAAAACACCACAAGCACUGGAUUUUAAGUGUGGUGGCAGAGGCUGUGCGUGCAAGUGGCAUUGCGUCCAUCGCCGAGAUCGAUUGUAUUUGCUACACGAAAGGACCUGGUAUGGGUGCUCCUUUGCAGGCUGUUUCCAUUGUCGCUCGCACAUUGGCACUGAUGUACAACAAGCCGUUGGUCGGCGUGAAUCAUUGUGUCGGCCAUAUUGAAAUGGGCCGUACCAUUACGGGUGCACACAACCCGGUCGUCCUGUAUGUGUCGGGCGGCAACACGCAAGUAAUUGCAUACUCUGCACAAAAGUAUCGCAUAUUUGGUGAGACACUUGAUAUUGCUGUGGGCAAUUGUUUGGAUCGAUUCGCGCGAGUCAUUGGCCUUUCGAACGACCCUUCGCCCGGCUACAAUAUAGAACAAGAGGCUAAAAAGGGACAUCGCCUCUUUCCCUUGCCUUAUGGCACGAAAGGCAUGGAUGUCUCACUAGCUGGCAUGCUCAGUGCGACAGAGGCUUAUACGAAAGAUGCGCGAUUUCGUCCUACGAAACGAGGCGUGUCAACGACUGAUGUCCCCGUCGGUGCGUUGGCAAACGGACGCAUUUGGACGGGCAACAGUGCACAUGCCCUACAACGGUCCGAGGACACAGUGAAUGUUCGGUCCUGCGAGCAAGACAAUAUUAGCGGCUUGGAUGCGGAGCGUGAUGCAGACAUCAUCACGCCCGCUGACCUUUGUUUCAGUCUACAAGAGUACAUGUUCGCUAUGCUGGUGGAAAUCACGGAGCGUGCUAUGGCCCACAUUGGAAGUAAGGAUGUCUUGAUCGUAGGAGGAGUUGGAUGCAAUGAGCGACUGCAACAGAUGAUGGGUAUCAUGGCAAGUGAGCGCGGUGGAAGUGUAUUUGCGACAGAUGAGCGCUUCUGCAUUGAUAACGGGAUCAUGAUUGCACAUGCGGGUCUCCUGGCUUAUCGAAUGGGCCAAUCGACGCCCCUGGCAAAGUCAACGACCACACAGCGCUACCGUACAGACACGCCACUCAUUGCUUGGCGCGCGUGA